UUUCAGCAGAAGCAGAAGGGCAGGUGUCCGAUAAGAAGAAAAGAGCAUAAAACCGAAUUGGAAUUAAAGAGGAAAGAGAAAAAUACGCCCUAGAGUGCUACUCCCAUCAGUCAAUCUCUGAGGUUUUUGUUCUGUCCCCAAAUGUCCCUGUCAAAAUUGAAGCAGCAGGAAAUGGAUUUAUCCAACGGAAACGUGAUGGAGUUGCGUCCAAUAAAGAAAAUUUCAGGAGGCAAGAUCGAUGCAGCCGCCCUCAAGGAGCGCAGCAAAGGCCGCAAAUAUGAGGAGCCAAAGGCCCCAAUGAUCAGCCGCUGGAAGCCCAUUGAUGACCUGUCCCUGUUGACGGCCAUGGAUCGGGUGAAUGACCUCAAGAUUGUGCAUCGUGUCUGCAAAUUCUCGUGCAUGUUCUCGCUGAAGGAGGUGCAUCAGCGGUGGCAGGCGCUCCUCUACUCGCCCAUGGAUUCGCAGACGGCCAUGUCGGCCAUCGAGAAUCUACACCCGGAGACGGCGGCCGCCGUUAGGGCCCAGACGAUACUCAGUCCCGAGGAGGAGAAUAUCAUCAUGACCAUCAAGAGCACGGAAGAGCCCACUCUGGCGCAGUUUCAGGAGCUGCUCGAUCAGAAUGCGGCCAUCUUUUUGCGCGAACGCACCGCCCACUAUCUGCACAUUUACUGGCGGGAUCUCUGCAAGUAUAUGCUGCUGCCCGAUCAGGUGAUUCCGGCGGGCGCAGAGGUGCCCUAUAUGCAGAGCUUCUCCGAGGCCGAGGCGGAUGCUUUCCAUGUCGAUGUCAAUGAGCCCGUCGACGAGGCCCUGGAGGCCGAGCUGGAGCUUCAGAAUCGUCGCAACAAGCGCUACAUUCGUCUGCUGGAGAACGAAAUAUCCCGUAUGUCCGUCCUGGUGGACUGUGGCCGUGGUCCCCGCGAGCUGGACAACAAUACGAUUGCCUGUCUGUGCGGCCAUCGGGUGCGCUUUCUGAUGCAACAUCAGGAGAUUAACUUUGGGCGCGACGGCAAGGAAGGUUCCGACUGGAAGGUGGAUGUGAACCUGGCACUGGAGGGUCCUGCCGAGAAGGUGUCCCGUCUCCAGGGCACCAUUAAGCUGCGCAACGAUGGCAUCAUCUUCAUUGCCAAUGCGGGCAAGCGGGACAUCUUUGUGCAGGGCGAACCCCUGCUGACGGGCCAAAAGACACGGCUCGAGGACAACAUGUUGGUGGAGAUAUGCGGCCUGACCUUCACGUUUAUGAUUAACCCCGACGCCAUCGAUGCCGUCCGCACACAGUGCGCCAAGACAUCGGAACCAUUGAAGUAAUCUGUCAUCGAUACAGAAUCUGAUCUGAAACAGAGAGCCAAGUACGGAAGAGCAGGCUUAAUCGUGCGAGUACCUGUAAUAAUCAUAGAUUUUUAAUUAACGAAAAUACACGAUAUGAAAAUGUUUGCUACGUGAAUAUUCCCUGGAAAAUGUACGAAAAUCGUACGACUAGAGGGGUGCAUAUAGUCGAGUGCCAUAUGUGCUUUGUUCGUUCAGUGCAAAAUCGGCACGAAAAAGCACGAUGAAUAAUUUAUUCGCGCAAGAAACAAACAGACGAUCAGAUGUUCCGUCCAAGCGAAUCGUAAAUCGUAAUCGCAAGCCGGACCCGCUUUUGGAAUGCAUUGGAAUGCAUUGUUGAAGUUGAAUAAAAAUAUGAUCUAACAAAAAUUACCUAUAAUAUGUCGUGU